UGUCUGUUGCCGCAUAUAAAAGCUUCCAUCUCGUCAUCAGCGAAUCCACUCCUCCAGUGUGUCCAGUGUCGUGAAAGUUUGUGCUAAAAGUUCCCAGGGAAAAGUAUAGGGAAGGUCUGUGUGGAAGGUUUUUUUUUAAUCCUCCAGCAGCCAUUUGGGGUGCCCAACAAGUGUCUUUUCUGGUGACUGGAUUCUUCGCAUGCAAAGUUGCUACUUUUGGGGCGCUUUCCUAUUCUGCGAGAUUCACCAGAUCAAGCAGCAGCUCCUGCAGGGGCCAUUUUUUCAACACCCACAGAGACUAAUUGGAUUUCCGUGAUUUUCCUGUGAAUCUGGUGCAAUAAUGGGACGCCUGAAGGCUGUCCUCCUCGUUCUGCUUGUGCCCCUGAUCCAGGGACAGCAGGCACCACACUCCCCUUACUCCCUGCAGUCUGCUGUGGAUGCCCUUCAUCAUCGGGAGGCUCAGCUGGCCCUUAGGGAUUACCUGGAUGUGCCACGAAUUGACGAGGAGCCCGUAUAUUGGACAGAAGGAGAAAACGCCGCAUCACCACCCUAUCGUGGAAGUCGGCGUGAAUUGAACAAAAUGCUAGCAAACUAUCUGACUCGAGAAGAGGAGGAGGAGCGGGACGAAAGGAUGCCGUUGACGAGAAUCGAGCAACCAUAUUUCGAUGAAGACCUCCCAUACGAUUUGGCCAGGAAGCGAUCGAUAUUCCGCGAAAGAGAAGAUGAACUGCCAUAUCAAUCUGUGUUCCGGGAGCGUGAAAUGGAUGCGUACAGUGAUCCCACAUUCGCUCAAGACUUCCUGGAAGAAAUCGAGAGGGAGAACAAUGCCGAGCGAGAAGAGAAGUACAAGGAAGCUCUGAGAAGACUCUGGGAAAAGUACCAGCAGCAGGAGAAUGAUAUCGAGAGGGCAUUGUUUGAAGAAAGGGGUCCUGGUAGGGGCUACGAUGCCCGAAAAACGGCAAAUUUCCCAGCAAUGUACGCAGCUUCAGGUCCAGAGAAGCGAAGAACUUUCCCAGCUCUUCCCUGGCUACCAGCUUCCAGGAAGAAGCGUUUCCCCGUCACCAAAAGAUCUCCAGCUUCUCCGGAAGUCAGUGUGUCGGGAACUGAUGAGAAAGUUGUGAAGGAUUUGCAGGGAAUCUUUGGAGAGGGAGAUGGUGAAGCUAAAGCCAAACGUUCCAGUGAUACCAAGGAACAUUCUCAUGAUCACAGUGAUCACGAUAAUCACGAGGAUCACCAUGAAAACCAUCAAGAUCACAAUGAGGAAGUUGAUGAUGAUAAAAAGAAGAAACGAGCUGUUGAAGAGAAAAAGAAGACAAACCUAGAAGUUGUCAAGGACGAUCAAAUCAUUCCCGGAGAUUUAAUUGAUGAGACAAGGAAGAAAUCAAUCCAGUGGUCAAAGUAUUUCGGUAUUGACCGGAAGAAGAAGUCAGGAUUGAAUGACAAGUACAGGAGUAUGAUGAAGAAAUCCGAGGAAGAGUAUCCUCUGCAGCACUUCCAUCGUCAUGAUGGAGAAGAGCGGGAAAAGAAGCAAGUUAGCGAAGAGAAGUUAGAGAAUAUGGAUCAGAAACUGAAGAACAUCGAAGAUCUCAUAAUAGAUGAGACCAUCAAGUACACAGGAGCGCAUGAAGGCAUUUCUGAUCCUGCAGACAUCCAAAGACUUAAGGAUCAUGUCAUCUCAAGAUUAGCCACAGCUUACAGCCUCGAAAAGAUGCGUAAAGCUCUGGAACGUCUCAAGGAUUCAGUGGAAACUGAGCGACAUUUGAUGCAGAAUGAGAUUGAGCCAUCCAAGCCUCAGGUUCAGGACAAGGACAAGAGAGUCGCAGUGAAGAAGGAGAAAGUCGAGUUCGACAAUAAAGAUCAUAAGAUCGAGUCCGCUACUGAGAAAGUCACUCCGGAAGAUCCAGACAAUGACCUGGAGAAGGAGGAUGCGGACAAGAGGAAGAAGAAGCGUACGAAUAUCCAUCAUUUCGAACGGUACCCAGUUCGCGAGGUAGGGAAUGAUCUUGGGGAAUUUGAGGAGGAGCUAGGGGCUGGACAUUUUGAUCCAGUGAGUGAAACCUUGGGUCUGACUGGAGGGCGAUCUUUUGCUCAGUGUCCUCUCCUGGAUGCCAUCGAGAGACGGUGCCGAGGAGUUGAUCUUCUCAGCGGGGAUCUGCAGCAGGAACUUCUCCCAGUCUGUGAGAUCCAUCAGCUCUGUUAUAUAUGCGGCACUUCUGUGACAGCCUGCGACUUUCAGUACUUGGCUGAGGCUGACUCGGUGUGUGGCUCGAGUUCUGAAUGCCAAUCUGCAGCCAGGUCAGCCCUGAUGAUCCUCCGUGGAAACCCCGGGCCUCAGCUAGGCCCUCGUGAGUGUUCCAGAAACCCCUGUCUCAGUGCAGCCCUGCACGAGAUCCGCUACUAAGCAUCCUCCUGGGCUGAGUAUGUGUCAGAGUGAGAGAUUGAGGGUCCCAGCCAGACCUCAGCAUCCCCUCAAGAGCAGCUUCUUAACUUUACAGAGAUUAGUGGUAAUUUUUGGGAAUAUACACCAUUUUUCGGGCAUUUUAAUCACAAAUGGUAGAGAGAAGUAAAAUUGGGAAAGAGUCCUUCGCAUUUAAAAUUAAAAAAAUAUAUAUUUGCCGUGGGAGGAAAUAGAAUUGUUGUGGGUGGAAAUGGUGCGAAAGCUCUCGAUGGAAAAUGGCAUACAAUCAAUUUCCAUCGAGGGGGAAGAGAACAAAAAUCGAGGCUGAACAACAGAAAGAAUUUUUUGAUUUAUAUUAUUUUUUGGGAAAUAAAAUACGAUACGAGAUAUAUGUAAAAUUAGUGUGAAAUUUAUUCCUCUAAAAAAAAAGAUAAUUGUUGAUCAUAAAAAUCUACCAAGUGGAAAAAAACAAUCUAUAUUAUUAAAAUGAAAAAUAAACUUCUUGAUAAAUAUUUGAAACAAGAAUUAUAAGUAAGGAUUAAGAUUCAGAUGGAUUAAUGCAAAAAAAAAUAUUUUUGUGUGAGAAAUUUUUGAGAUUUGUCCUCUCAUUUACCUUUCUCUGUUUUCCCCGACAUAUUUUAAGCAUUGAAUGUGUCAAAGAAAUAUCAUGGAAAUGAAUUAAAAUUACAAGAAUACAUAUAUUCUCUGACAAUAAUAAAAAGGAAAAAAAAAUGGCAUUGUAAGAUGUUGAUAAAAUCUGUUACAGAAUGAUUAAGUUUCACCAUUUUGACAUUGUUAAAGACAUUUCCUUCGAUGAUAAACAAAAUCGUGAUCUUAUUGGACAGUCAAACUAACUAUUUACAAUGUGAAAUCCCAUUCAAUGUUUAUUGGUAAUGUCUCAAAGAAAUAAUUAUCCAUUAAAUUAUAAUGUACAUUAAA